GUAAAAGACUUGAGCGGUACAAUGAAGGGUUGCGCUACCGUAAGUUGAUAAUGUGUGACGCAAGUGGACACGCAGUUCAAAUAAUAAAUGUUGAAGAGCGUAAUAAGAAGACCACCUUUAGCCUUAAUGAAGAAGCUUUAUCAUCUAUCCUCCUGAGACCAGAUGUGCGUGACAAAAAGGUCGUCGUUGUUUCCGUUGCAGGCGCGUUCCGCCAGGGGAAGUCAUUCCUACUGGACUUUUUUCUUCGUUAUUUGCUUUGUGAUGAUCGCACAAACUGGUUAGGAGAUCCCGAGAAACCUCUGAAGGGGUUUCCAUGGCGGGGCGGUUCAGAAAGAGACACUGUUGGAAUUUUACUUUGGAGCGAACCAUUCAUUAUGACCCUACCAUCUGGAGAAGAAGUAGUUGUUCUGCUUAUGGACACACAAGGUUCUUUUGACAGCACCAGUACCGUACGCCAAUGUGCAACAGUUUUCGCUCUGAGUACUAUGCUCAGCAGUACUCAAGUUUAUAAUAUUCACAAUAAUAUUCAAGAAGAUCAUUUACAGCACUUACAUCUGUUUACGGAGUAUGGUAGGCUGGCACUGGAGUCUGAUAUAUCUGGAUCACCGUUUCAGCAUCUGUUGUUUCUUGUUCGUGAUUGGAGUUACGCUUACGAAUAUGACUUUGGGAUCGAUGGUGGAAACCUGCUGCUGAAUAACCGUCUUAAGAUUGUUGAAGAGCAUCAUACAGAACAUCAAGCUGUCCGUCGCCAUAUUCGCUCUUGUUUCUCCAAGUUAGAUUGUUUUCUGCUGCCGCAUCCUGGUCUUAAGGUUUCAACCAAUCCCACUUUUGAUGGACGAAUUAAAGACAUUGAUCCUAAUUUUGUUGAGAACCUUAUAGUUCUGGUUCCUCAUCUGUUAGCUCCCGCUAAUUUAGUUGUUAAAAGGAUAAAUGACCAAGAAGUUACAUGUCGUGGACUUUAUACCUAUUUUAAAGCGUAUAUAAAGAUUUAUGAGAGUGAUACUCUUCCGGAACCGCGUUCUAUGUUGGAAGCAACUGCUGAGGCAAACAAUUUGAAUGCAAUAUUGACAUGUCAAGAAAUGUACUCGGAGGCAAUGAACAAGAUUUGUGGACCCGAUCGACCAUACAUCAAUCCAUCUGAACUCGAUUCAUUUCAUUUGAAAGUGUAUAAAGCUUCUAUUGAAAAGUUUAACAGUAUCCCCAAAAUGGGUGGUGAAGCAUUUUCCGCAGAUCAUUUGCAACGCUUGAAGGAGACAUUAAAGCAACUAGGAGAAGAUUAUCGUUUAUCUAAUUCAAAGAAGAACAUCUUUCAUGUAGAUUCACGUGUUUCUCUGUACUACUGUCCAUGAUUUUCUUUUCUAAAUCUAUACUUUUAUCUUGAUGGAAGUUUAGCUUGCGAAUCUGGAAGCAGACCUUUCGUACUCCAGCAGUUUUGGCUGUCACCUUGUUACUUUUCUACAUUGUCACGGGAGUAUCUGAAUUUAUUGGAUUAUCAAUGAUUUCUGGUGUUCUGACAUUGCCAUUCUACAUUGCUUUGAUCACUCUGUUCACUUGGCUAUUUUUAAGUUAUACUGGUCGAUCGCCAGAGUUGGCUAAUGCUAUUGAUCAGUCGGCCGAUUUAGUCAUGAAUAAGAUUUUCACUCCUGCAAUAGAAGUAGUCGGAAGACGUGGUUUAGCUCAAAUUAUCGGUGGUGGUGAUUUGGUUCCUAAUCAGCAUAAUGCAAGAAGCUGAAAUAUUUACGUACAUUAACCAAUUUUUGUGAACUGUUCUUAUAAUUUACAAUACUACUUUUGAUAGUAAUUAUCAUUUACCCUGCAGUAAAUUUUGGUCUUAUUUUUUCCUUUUUUUGUAUGAUAUACCACAUUUAUUGUAUGAAGGAAUACUGAAUCAGCUUCGCAGCUCUGUCCUUACUUCUUUUUUUCUUCGAGCUAUUGUUUGUGAGUUGUAAACAUGGUCUUUUUGCCUGGUUGGUAUCAUCUGGUUUCCGUAUUUGGUAGAGUGUACAAUAUCAAGUAAUAACAGUAAUAAAUAAUUGUAUUGCGACUAAUUUUUACUAUCUUUCACGGUUUAUAUAAAACAUACCCAUGUUCAUUUGUUGCUUUAUGCUUUUAGAUCUCUCUAUGCACAAUGUGAUAUAAAUUACAUUUUGCUUUAGACUUAUAAACCUACUAGUAUCGUCAGCCUUUCGAAGUGAUAGUUACAAAAGCAAUAUAUAAAAUUUUGUCCGGUUUUUGUUUCUACUCAAGAAAACAGUAUUGUAGGUCGAAGAUGAACAACAAACUGUAUUUAUAAUUCAUUCACUAUAGUUUUUUAUAUCAAUCGAUUACUACUUGAUUUCCUGUAGCGUAUACCCACAUUUAUAUCCUCUUACAAUAAAAUAUAUUCCUGUCUCUUGUUUUGUU